GCCGAAAACUGCACUGACAUGAGACAAAGCUAUCCAAUAUCCUAUUAAAAUAUGUAUAGUCGAUUUACUUGAAUCCUAAAAUUAGUUGUCCCACCAGCUUCUCCACUCUCAAAGUAGUGGAUGAGAACUGAAUAAGAUAAUCGUUAUUAAUAUUACUACUAUUUAUUACUUGCUGCCAGCCUAAGAAAUUGAUCUAUAUAUAAACCUUUGCUUUCUUGACAUGGGCAUUCUAAAGUUUUGUCAUACACCAUCAUUGUUCAAGCAACUCCUUGUUAUUCUAAACUUCUUCGAAUUCAUUAUUCAAUUUCCCAACCCUUCUUUUCUCUUAAAUUUUUCUUCUAUAGAUCAUGGCAUAUUUGGCAUCAGAAAACUGCCCCGUCUGUAUCAACGUUGACACUGACUUACCAGAAAUUGAUAGCGCCAUUCUCAUGUCAUUUCUUGAUGAACCCCAGAUGGAAUACUGUGACGAUGAGAAAUUAAGAAGUUUAAUCCAAUCUCUAGAAGCAGAGCUUAAAUAUCCCAUUACCAUCAUGAAUAACCCUUCUGCUCUAAAUCUAGAUUGUUACGAUACGGGCAGUGAAAAUAGCUCAGAAAUAGUUGAUGUUGAUUUUAGCUGGAUGGAUAUGGAGAUGUCACUUUCAACUAGUCCCAGUAACAAUGAAAUGAUUGAUUUUCAAUUUGGCAGUGAUUAUUCUCAAAUACUAACAUGCAUUCCUAUUGAGGAGGAAAUAUAUGAUUCUCUAUGGCUACAAACUGACUUGGCAAUGGUAGAUAUUAGCCAAUAGUAUGAGAACCUUGUAUAAUUUUCCUUUCCCUUUUUCUUUAGUGUAAAAUAUUUGAUUCGAUUCGAAUCAUUACUGCUAGUUCAACUGUAAAUUUUGUUUAUC